CUCUCCUUGAUCACAACAACAGCACCCCACACCAGAAUGCAUUGAUUGAUGAUAAUGACAAAAUGACUCGUGGCACUGUGGCAGUAACUUACCGCUUAAUUGGAUAAAGCCAACUCUCAAUAUUCUCUUAUUUUUAUUCAAUUCAUUCCCGAACAAAAAUUAACACUGGAACUCGCCGAGUCUCCAUUUCCAACGUUUUAUUGUUGCCCACAUUUUCAAGAUGCAGCUCAAAGAUCCCACUGAUACAACCACACUCAGUUAUUGGUUAAAUUGGAGGUUCGGUCUGUCUGCAGUUUCUGUCUGCUUGCCUAUGGUUUUUGCGCUUCUUAUAUUAUGGAAGCAUGGCGGUCGAAGGAACUUUACAUCGGGCAAAGGAGAAAACCGGCAAGACAGGACUUUAUCUGGUGAUGAAGCAUGGAAACCAUGCCUUAAAGAUAUUCACCCUGUUUGUUUGCUAGCUUUUCGAGUUAUUGCAUUCUCUUCUCUUUUGGCAUCGCUAAUUGGAAAAAUUCUUAUCAGUGGUGGCGUCAUAUUUUAUUAUUAUACUCAGUGGACUUUCACUCUGGUUACAAUUUAUUUUGGGUAUGCAUCGAUAAUAUCAGUGUAUGGGUGUUAUCAAUAUAAAAGAUCGACAAACACGGCAUUUGAUGUUAAUAAUGCUAGAGUAGAUGUAGAGCAAGGACCAUACAUGUCUCUCUUACACCAGGAUCCAGAAAAUCUGUCUAGAGUGGAACGCCUUGCUGAUCCUCACGUGAAUGUAGAAAAGAAACAAGUUCCAGCAAUUUGGAGUUAUAUUUUUCAAAUUCUUUUCCAGAUUAAUGCCGGAGCAGUAAUGCUUACAGAUUGCGUUUAUUGGCUCAUUAUUUUUCCAUUUCUUACCCUGAGGGAUUAUGAUUUAAACUUUAUGACAGUGAACAUGCAUACACUCAAUGUUAUUUUUCUACUCGGUGAUGCAGCUCUAAAUUGUCUGCAAAUACCCUGGUUUGGGAUGUCCUUCUUUGUGUUAUGGACAGGAGCUUACGUCAUUUUUCAGUGGACUAUUCAUUCCUUCGAAUCAAUUUGGUGGCCAUACCCAUUUCUUGAUCUGUCAUCACCCUAUGCUCCAUUGUGGUACUUAUUGGUGGCAUUAUUGCAUAUUCCAUGUUAUGGCUUAUUUAAGCUGAUCGUAGAAAUGAAACAUUAUUUCUUGUCAAAAUGGUUUCCUUCCUCUUACCAGUGCUAAAGAUUGAGUGGUAUCAAAGUAGGAUCCCUUUAGAGCCUGUUGCAGUUUGGUCUGCACCAGAACUGCAUUCAGCUCUCGCAACUGCAAAGUGGAUGCUUGAGCUCAGUCACGCUUUCAUGCUCAAACAAAAUACUGAAAAUCAGCCAAUACGGUAAUGUGACCCAAACUAAGUUUAAUUCUCCCACCAUUCAAUUGUUCCCAAGCAAAAGGUAAAGCAGGAUUUAUGUAUGAGGGAAAGCCUCUCUUUAUUUCAUUAGUCUUGUUCCCUUUUUCACUCACAUGCUUGUGUACUUCAUUGAGCUACAUGGGAUCAAGUUUAUACAUGUCGUGACUUGGUGCUUAGCCAAAAGAAAUAGGAGGGAGGGAAUGAAAAUACAAUGCUAAACACUAAAGUUCAGAUUUGUUAUUCACUUUAUAGCAAUGCUGUUAAGAAGAGAUAAGAGUUACCUUCAUAAAACCUACUUUGGUACAA